AUGCAAGGCCCCGCGGAUGUCCGCGGAGCUCAACACGUCCAUGGUUUCUACAAUCCACCACCACCACAAGUUAAGAUGAAACGGAACAACAGAGGCGAUAUAAUUUCGUUGGCUGGUCGGUGGACCCGGCCACCUCUAUCAUGUCUCGCCUGUCGCGAGAAGAAACGUCGAUGCGAUCGUGCCCAACCAUGCUCCAAUUGUCUGCAGAGACGCAUUCCGUGCGAAUAUUCCGGGUCUAGUCCGGAAGCUGCAGGUACAUCAGAUUCAUUGCAUGGAUCCACCCAUAAUGGGCCCAGUGAGUCCCUUGAGGCGCAUCCGACAAACCAAUCGGAGCUAGGUCUUAGAUGUCUCCCGCCUUUGCGUCAGGCGAGGGAGCUAUUCAACCAUUUCGCAAAUACAUUGCAGCCAACCUUUGGAGUCCUUCAUAUACCGACUGCUCGCAAUCUUAUGGAAAAGACCUACAAGUGCAUGCUCGAGGGCGAAGAGCCCCACGUAGCGGAUCUAAUGUUGAUGUUUGCAAUUUUUGCUGGCGCAGCGCUCGUUUGGACACCACGGGUUCUAGAAGAUCUGAACACCACGAAGGCCGGGGCUAAGGCAGCUUUCAUGGCAUACGUCCGCACUGCACUUGCCAUAUUAGAACAUCCAGAUCAGCUCAUCCAACCGUCAACUACAGCUCUGGUAGCUAUUGGCACACUGGGUCAUUUGCUCAUGAACACUGAUGGCUUUCCCAUCAAGGUCCAUCUUCUUCGCCAUCGCUGUCUUUUGAUGUCUCGGGAUAUGCAAAUCCAUCGGUUAGACACUGCUCAAUCUCGCGAAGAAAGAAGAAUCAAGGGCUGCGACAUGAUAGAUGUUGAAGUCCAAAGGCGCGCGUGGUGGAACAUGGUGGCAUCUGACUGGCUUCUUUCGUUCUCCGGUGGCCCCCAGGAAGGUGCAUACACUUUCCAGCCAAAACAUAUGAAUGUCAAUCUACCCAGCAAUACAGACGAUGAAAUGAUCACGACAUCGGGGGUUCAGCAGGCAUACCCACUAUCCGUUCCCACGUCCAUGUCAGCCUUCAUUGCUCGAGUACAGGGUUCUGAACUCUGUCGUGAAGUGAUCGAUGCCCUACCGUCGAUCUUGCUGGACUCCCAGUACGCAGAUUACAGCGUCAUUCUAGAGCUGGAUGCCAAGUACCAGACAUACAUGGACAACCUUCCUUUCUUCUUCAAGCUUGAUCCUGCCAGCAUUGAGCAAAGCCGACAAAUAUGCAAAGAGCGACCCUAUAUUGCCUGGCAAAGAGUCUCUGUCCACUUCAGCCUUCAUACUCGCCUUUGUCGACUCCACCGACAGUAUCAUCUUGAAGGCGCGACGAACCCGAAAUAUGCAUAUUCCCACAAAGUCUGUAUCCAGUCCGCACAGAAGGUCUUGGAAUUACGACGUUCCAUGGACGAGAUCUCUGCUGAGGUUGAACUCAAUCCCGGACGGUUCUGGACGGUGAUGCAUCACGUCUUCUUUGCAGCCUUGAUCCUGGCCAUGGAUGUAUCGUUCAAUCCUCAAGCACCCGAUGCCGAGGCUCGCAAAGCAAAGGUGCUUGCCGCCUAUCAAACACUGGAAAAGUCCAAGCAGGACUCGAGUAAUCUGAUGGAAGGCAUUCAAAAGAAUUUGCAGACACUCAUGUCAACGCUGCACAAAAGUCGGUCACAGGUUCCUGUGAGGGAUCCUGGCGCCGCGCGAGGCGAUGCUUUUACCGAACCCAGCCAAGCCUCCUACCGACCUGGUGAGUUGACAACUCACGAUCUUGCUGCUCAGCCGUCUUCCACGGUGGCUGCCAACAGUGGCUUCGACCUAGGCACGGUCAACGAUAUAGACCAAGAAGGCUGGGAGCAGCUCUGGUCGGAGUUUGUCGCCGUUGCGCCAGAGCUGGAUGUUCCACAGUGGAGCUCCUUGCUGGAAGAUGUGGAUUUCAACCCUCAGCUGGAUGUGUACUAG